AUGGAUUCUGAUUCCGGUGGUCAAAAGCCUUCCUCCGCCUCGAAUAAGAGUGUUCCUCGACGGGAACCCGUUGCGUGUCGACGACGCAAGACGAAGUGCACCGGAACGCACCCCUGUGAGAUCUGUUGCCUUGAAUCGUCAGAAUGCAUCUACGUCCCAGGUCCAGCGAGGACAAGGCGAUCAACCCAGCGGGCCUCAAAAUCCAGUCCCCCCAUCGAUUCAAGUCAUGAUCCUCGAUCCGACGCUUCUCGGUCAGGGCAGACACCGAAUGGCACUGCGUCUUCCGAGUCACCGUGGGAGGGGCCGGCUUGUGAGGAUAACAGUCAAGAAUUGGCGUCCUCGGUCAUUUCCUAUGGCCGGGCUCCAGUCCGGUGGACAUUCCAGAAUGCGCACCCGACGGGCGAGUCCGAGUUGAAUCCCAUUCCGUCGGCUUCCAGCUUCGAUAUCAACAAAUGGGACGUUCAGUCGAAGCUGGUCGAGGUACAGCGCAUGCGGAUCAUGGUCCGCACGUACCUGGCCAAGGCGAACCCGCGCAUCCCCUGUCUCAAUAGCCGGCAGCUAAACGGGGACGUGGAGGCACUGCUGGAGGGACAGGGGGAUAUGGGCCAGAACAAGCUCCAGACUGUGGCGCUGGUCGAUCUCGUAAUGGCGCUGGAGCAGAUCAUGACCGAUGACACGGCAUGUUCUAGCUCUAUUCCGCCAGGGUGGAGGGAGUUUAAGCAUGCCGAACGCCUUCUGAGAGACACGGCAUGGAAGGGAAUCUGGAAUGUAAAGAGCGUCCAGUGUUUGACGCUGAAGGCGAUGUAUCUCCUCUACAUAGACAGAUGGGACCUCGCGUACGAUGUUACUGGCAGCGUAGUGAGGAUUUGUUUCCAGCUAGGGCUGCAUAAUCAAGCCAGCUGGUCGUCCUGCUCUCCAUUUGAGAUUCACCUGCGCCAACGGAUCGUGUGGACGGUCUUCUGCUUGCAGCAUCAUAUCGCAGAUGCCUGUGGUCUGCCCUACCAGCUUCACCUGUCGGAUCUUGACGUCGCACUCCCGCCACAUGUGGAUGACAUGAAACUGCACGCUGGCCUGAAUGCGCUGCCUGCUGAUAAUCCAGAGGCCCCGAUCGCCCCUCUUGACGUUGCGUACCGGCACUUCGCGUUGCUUGCAGAGGCUUGGGACCGCGUCCUCACGGCCAAGACAGCGAAUCUCCCAGACCCGGACACGGUAGCAGGGAUUGACGCCCAGAUUGAGCUACUGCUCCAGGAGAUUCGUGGUCCUUUGCAAUGGCGAUCUGAUUUGGGAGGAGUGUGCAUCCAUGCUCGUUCCCAGUUCCAUGUGCGCCAGGGCUUGUUGAUUCACUUGCUCCUGAAUAGCCUCCGUCUCCUCCUCCGUCGGGGAUGGGUCCACAGUCUUGACAUAUGCCCCGGCGUCCUGAAUCUCUGCGUCGAAAUCGCCACGGACAGCAUCAGCUCCAUCCACGAGUACUACAGCACCGACCUCCCCCAACCGCUAGAGCGACAUGCAUCAGCGCGCUUCCUUUUGGGCUCGAUACAUGUGCUGAGCCAUAUAGCCCUCCACAAACCAUGGCUCGUACAGUCAACCGUCCGACAAGCGACGGCCAGCUUCGACCAGGGCAUUUCCCUCCUGAAGGAGUUCGCCUGCCGUCUACCCCUAGCCCGAACAUCUUUGCACCAGCUGCGAGACACAAUAGUUGCGAUUUCUGGGAAGCGGAACGAGUGUCUCUCUACGAGGUCUGUUCAUCAAGACGAUGGGAGUAAGGGGAAUGGCUUUGCGUGGCUGGACUUUUUGAAUUUGGAGAGUUUGCAGGAGCCCCAUGGGUCUACAGAGGAGGUAGUUUCGAUGAAGUCGGACUCGUCUGAUGCGUAUACUCAGCCUUUCAUCCAUACUGAGGGAUGGCUUGCUGGGUAA